AUGAUGGGCAUGCGGCCACGCAGCCCCAGCGCCUGCCCUGCGCCCUGGUGGGGACCGCAGCCCGGAGGACCCGGCCCCGCCAAGCGCCGCCGACUGGACGACCCCGCCGACGCCGCCGAGCCCCAGGCGGCGCCCAGCCUGCAAGACGCGGCGGGCGCCGCCGCCGACGCCACCGCGCUCACCUCCGUGGUGGUCCUGGCCGCGGGCUGCGCCCUGCAGGUUCCCCUGGACGACGUCGAUCUGGUGCUGGAGCCCGCGCCAACCUCGGUCCUGCAAGUGUCUCUCCAAGGACACACCCUCAUCCUGAUCCCCGAGGGCCUGGUGGGAGCCACUGACCAACGCCCAGGAGGCCAGGGAGACGCGCCUGAUGGCCCAGAACUGGGCGCUUUCCUGAGCACCCCCGGGGAGGACGUGGUCGUCGAGCAGGGAUUCUUCUGCGAAUCUGUCCCAGAGAUCGCCAUCCAAGAAGAGGCCUAUGAGGAAGACGCUGAUCGUGAGUUCCUGGAGGCCUGGAUGGGCCCUGCAGCCGGCCCAGGGGCGGGGCUCCUGCUCUGCACUGGCGGAGUGUCCAGCCCCUGCCCGCAGGGCCCCACCCUUAAUUUGGAAAGAAGCUCGCCUGGCCCCAUGUUGGACCUGGAUUUCCACCUUCUGAGACCCUUCCCCAGCUCACCGCUCCAACCCCUGCCUCCCUCUCCAAGUCCAAGUUCAAGUCCCCAGGCGCCUCCAGAGCGCUCUCCAGGCCCUCGGAGCAAAGCCUGCAGACGCCUGUUCCAGGAAUGA